CGUCACAUUGACAGGAUGCGGGGUUUUGUAUGAGGCGAAGCUGUAUGACCCAACAUGCGCUUAGUCAAGUCAAGAAUGAGGAAAGGCGUUCAAGUCGCGAAGUGAACAAGCCCACAGGGAGCACACAGACGACUGCUGUCAAGUCGGCUCCGUUACUCUCCAGCCAUGGGAACUCCUUUACACCGUCUGGUGAUACUCUUUGUCCUUUUGUUAUCGGCGUCAAACGUUUUGGGUUCCAACAUCUGCACAUCCCAAGGAGUCACCACUUGUCAGCAGUGCUUGGCCGUUCACCCUAGCUGUGCGUGGUGCUCUCAGGAGGUGUAUGGGCAGGGGGGCUCCAGCGCGUCCCGCUGCGAUCUGAAGCAGAAUCUGCUGGAUGGAGGGUGCAGCUCAGCAGCAGUUGAGUUUCCCUCCAGCACUCUGAAUAUUCAGGAGGACAAACCGCUCAGCAGCAAGGCCUCGGGGACUGCCGAUGAUGUCACUCAGAUAAAGCCUCAGAAACUCCGCAUGACGCUAAGACCAGGAGAUUCCAAGCAUUUCACUGUGACAGUGAAACAGGUGGAGGAUUACCCAGUGGACCUCUACUAUCUGAUGGAUCUUUCAUAUUCGAUGGAAGACGACUUGUAUCGCCUUCAAACCCUGGGCAGUGAGCUUGCCGCGACUAUGGGCCGUACCACAAGCAACCUACGCAUGGGGUUUGGAGCCUUCGUGGACAAGACCAUGUCCCCUUACAUGUACACGUACCCCCCAGAGGCAGUGAAAAACCCUUGCUAUGGAAUGGGCACGACAUGCCUGGCUCAGUUCGGGUUCAAGCACGUGCUGUCGCUGACGGAGGAGGUGGGUCGCUUCACUGAGGAGGUGGAGAAACAGAAGGUGUCUAGAAACAGAGACGCUCCGGAGGGUGGAUUUGAUGCUGUCAUGCAGGCUGUGGUGUGCAAGGACAGGAUUGGCUGGCGUUCAGAUGCCUCACACCUUUUGGUAUUCACCACUGAUGCCAAAACUCACAUCGCUCUGGAUGGACGUAUAGCUGGGAUUGUCCGACCCAAUGAUGGACUGUGUCACCUUGAUAGUGACAAUGUUUACAAUGAAACUACAGUGCUGGACUAUCCCUCUCUGGCACUCAUGACAGACAAAAUGUCUGAAAACAACAUUAAUUUGAUUUUUGCUGUGACCAGUGUUGUGGAGGACCUCUACAGGGGGUACAGUAAACUCAUACCAGGCACAACUGUGGGAAUGCUGUCCGAUGACUCUGGGAAUGUUAUUAAGCUAAUUGAGGAGGCUUAUGCGAGAAUUCGUUCUAAAGUGGAGCUGGAGCAACUGGGAGUCCCAGAAGAAUUGAACCUCUUCUACAAUGCCACUUGCCUCAAUGGAGAGUUUAUCCCUGGACUCAAGUCCUGCUCUGGCCUCAAGAUUGGAGACACAGUGUCAUUCAGCGUGGAGGCUCAGUUGCGUGGCUGUCCCAAAGAGAAGACCCGUACCUUUACCAUCAAACCUCGAGGCUUCAAGGAUGCCCUGGAGGUCACAGUGGACUUUGCCUGUACCUGUGACUGUGAGGCAAAGGCUGUACCUGACAGCCCCGUCUGUAACAAUGGCAAUGGGACCUACGAGUGCGGCGUGUGUCAGUGUCAUCCUGGUCGUCUGGGCCCACGAUGCGAGUGCUCCGUGGGGGACUACAGUCCAUCGGAUGAUGUCAACUGCAUCCCGAAGCCAGAGAGCCCGAUCUGCAGCGGGAGAGGUGACUGUUUGUGUGGACAGUGCUCCUGCCAUGCAAAUGAGUUUGGUCAGGUGUGGGGCAAGUACUGUGAAUGCGACGACUUCAAUUGCUUACGCUUCAAAGGGGCACUGUGCUCUGAUCAUGGGAAGUGUAGCUGUGGCAUCUGCCAGUGUGACGCUGGCUGGUCAGGAGAAAACUGCAACUGCUCCACAAUCACAGUCACCUGCACAUCCAGCAACGACCUGCUGUGCAGUGGCCGGGGUUACUGCAAUUGUGGGGUUUGUCAAUGCACUGAGCCUGGCGCCUAUGGAGACACCUGUGAGAAAUGCCCUACCUGUCCUGAUUCCUGCACUAUUAAAACGAAAUGUGUUGAGUGUCAACACUUUAAAAGAGGACAGUACAUUGACGACAACAGCUGUGGUCGAAUCUGCAGAGAUGAAAUCAAGGAAGUGGAUAAGUUAGGUUUCCAUGCCAGAAAUUCGGUGAAUUGCUCAUACAAAGAUGAGAAUGACUGCGUGGUUCACUUCCAGUACUACGAAAAUGAAAAUGGCAAAUCCAUUCUGUCUGUGGAAAGAGAGCCAGAGUGUCCUAAGGGUCCAGACACCUUGGUGGUGCUCCUGUCGGUGGCCGGAGCCAUUCUGCUGCUGGGGCUCAUUGGCCUGCUCAUCUGGAAGCUGCUGAUCACCAUCCAUGACCGUAGAGAGUUCGCCAAAUUUGAGGAGGAGAGAGCCAAAGCUAAAUGGGAUACGGCUAACAAUCCUUUGUACAAAGGAGCCACCUCCACCUUCACCAAUGUAGCGUACCGAGGCAACUAAUCAAUAAAUACCAUGAGGAAAAACUCAGGGGUCAACGACAGAGAUGGAAUGUAGCAGCGAGGAAAUGGAUGGGAGGAAGAUCCUACACUGUAGCUGAAAAGCUGUCAACGACAUAGUGUAGAAGAUGUACAUAUUGUUAAAAUAACUAUAAAUGUUAAAGGUAUACUAUGCAGGAUUGUUGGUUACUGUUUCCAAACAUGCUUGCUAGUGAAGCUGAAGGUAAAAGCUAACCCCGGAUUCACAGUCUGUUGCUGUCUUGCCUUGUGUGUUUUUCGGCACUGUGUCUCUUAGAUGCGUGCUGUUGCCACUGAUGGUUGCUACCUUUUUAUAAAGUACCAACCUCACCUGGGCACUAUGAGGGUACGUGCUCAUAAACAUCCCGAGCACAGAAAAUAAGAAGAAAAUAAGUUAAUACAGGCAGAGGGCAGAAAAAUGCACCACCACACACUUCUAGUGGGUCUUGAGUGACGACUGACAUGGAGUGCUUUUUAAUCCUGCAUAGUAUACCUUAAUGUAAGUCACAGACGGUUGCCUGCUGUUAGGCUUUCUGUUUUUACACUCUGUCAUGUAGUUUUCUCUAAGUACUGUACAUGCAGUCAGAUAGGAGUUCAUUAAUAUAAACAGCUGUACUGUCAGUUUACAAUAAGGGGAACUGCUGCUGAGAGUCUGUCACUUUGGUCAUUUUAGGAGGCUCUUCUGCCAUUGCAAUAUUUGUUGUUCAAGUUUUGCUCACAUUUUCAAAAAGAAAUAGGAAUCACUGUGACCUCAAAGUGAUCAGUCAAUAUAGAAAAUCCAUCCAUCCACUUUUUUAAAGUCGUCUUCCACCGUGUUUGAUGUAUUAUUUACACCCAAGUCGUGUUUUUUUGCAAAUUUUGUAAUUUCCUCCCACAGAGUGCAGCUGUUUUAAAGUUCCCUUUUCACUGAAUUAAAAAAGGCGAAUUUCAAACGAAUCACUGUAGUUUAUCAAUAUACUUAAAAUAUGUACUAUAGAAUUUUAAUAAAUUAUUAGAACAUGCUUUAAGGGUUUCCCUUAUAUUUUUGGAUGCAGACUUUUUUAGUAAUGAUUUUGGCAAUAAUGCAGCACUCUGGAGUUUUCAUUAACUGUACAAAGGAGCAAAUCACCUUAAAGGGACAGUUCACCCGUAAAUCAAACUUACAUAUUUUUCCUCUUACUGUAGUGCUGUUGAUCAGUGUAGAUUGUUUUGAUGUGAGUUGUUGAGUGUUGGAGAUAUCGGCCCUAGAGGUGUCUGCCUUCUCUCAAAUAUAAUGGAACUAGAUGGCACUCUGCUUGUGGUGCUCAAAACACCAAAUUUUUAAAACAAAACAAAAAAAACUGAACAGCAAUGUCUCUUUCCAGAAAUCAUGACCUGGUCACUCAAGAUAAUCCAUAGACCUUGUCGUGAGCAGUUUCAUGUAGGAACUAUUUUCUUUCUACCAAAUUACACCUGCCAACCGAAUCACUGUGCAGAGGGAAGCAUGCAUCUACUGCUAACUCACCUAGCACCAAUGAGCUAGCUAACAUUGCAGCUUGUGAGGACGUCUGUGGAUUAUCUCGGCUAACCGCUUUGAAAGACGGCAGACAUCUCUACAGCCGAUAUCUCCAACACAAGGCAACUUACAACAAAAUAAUACAGGCUGUUAAAUAGCACUACAGGUACGAGAAAAAAUGUGUACAUUUGAUUUUGGGGUGAACUGUCCCUUUAACUACAGCCUCUAGGCUGACUUGGUUUACAGUGAUGUUUGUGGUCUAUAUUGUUUUUUGAAAUGUAUAUCAGCAAUGGUAACUUUAUAAAUACUUUGACAUGUUUUCUCUGCACCAUCACCCGUUUUUGUGUUUGUUGGGCUUUUUUAUUUUUUAUUUUUUUGUAAAACUGUUAGACAGUAUAGGGAUCUGUCCUGCCAUUGCUGAAUUGUAAAUUAUUUUCUACUGAGCAGCACUGUGUCACGCUGAAAUACCAUGUUGUUUGUGUAUAUGAGCAGAUUUUUUUGCGCAACAAAUCAUACUGGCCUUUUGUAACCUCUAUGGGAAACAUAGUGUUUUGGUUGUACAGCGCUCAUCCUCUCUUAAGAUAUGGCCUGCAAGCUCAUUGCAUAGUUUUUUGUUCUGCACCAUUUUUAAAGAUACCUAGGGCUUUGCUUUAGUUUGUUACACAGAGGGAGCGCAUAAAGAUGACUUACACCUAAUUUCACCGACCUUUAUGAGAUGCCUGACAUUUCUUUUAAACAAAUGUCAAUGCGACUUUCAGCCUUUAUUAAGAUCAGACUUACAGUACAGAAGCCUAAAAACACAAGUUAUUUGAGAUUCAUAUUUCAGAUCUGAAGCAACAAGUUGCCUUAAGUUGCUGAAAUAGAAAAAGUUAUUAAAGUUUGUCUGUAUUCACUCUGUGUGACGCUGGCUGGCGGUACAUUUUGGAUGAACAUUACGAUAAAUACCACUGAUGCUCUGUUUGAGUUUAGUGAGAAGCUGAACGUUUCAUCCUGCCUCCCACUUCAUUCACACACACAGCAAGUUAAUACACAAACACUCUGAGAAACACACAAAAUGUAACAGCCAAGAAACAAUCAAUGAUUAGAUAUCUAAGUUCUUACAUUCAAUUCAGGCGAGUUCACUGUGAUGUGUGUUUCAUACUGCAACUUCUAAACAUAUAAAA